GAGUAAAUAGCGAUGAAAAAAAAAGUAUAAAAAGAGUGUCUUCAAGUCAAGUGUCUUAGUAAAAAUAUAUAAUUUUUUGUAACAUCAUAAUUUUUCGUUUAUCAAAUGUGAUUUUAAAUUGAUGUUUAGACUUAUAAUACAAUUAAAUUUUUUAAGUAUUGAUUUUAAAAACAACACUUGCUGUAUAUUCGUCUUAACUUCCAUAAUUAAUUGUUAAAUUUAAUGUUUUAUCAUGAUGCUCACAUUGUAGGUUAGCUUUUUAGAUUCACCGAGAAUGGCGGAAAAAGCAAUAAUGAAGCAAAUAAAUGAGCAAAAAUUAAAAGCCUUUUCCAUUGGCACAAUGGGGAAGCGACCGCAAAGUAAAAAAGAAUUAGAAGAGCAAAAAAAAAAAGAACAGGAACAAGCAGCAGCCCAAGCCUUCGAAGAAUUCGUAGCAACAUUUCAAGAAACCCCAAAUAAGACGACUAGUAAAAUAUGGAUAAAAGCUGGUACAUAUGAUGCUGGAAAAAGACAAGAGGACACUAAAGACAAAGGAAAAUUGUAUAAACCACAGUCUAAAAUAUCUGAAUUAGUUGAUAGUCGUUCGUCAGCUGAGCAAGCGCAGGAAUAUGCUAAAUUACUUGGUUCGAAUGAACGUAAAUUAGAUAGACUUGGAAAGAAAAAGAAAGAGGGUGAAAAAAAGAAAAGUAAUUUAGAAUUAUUUAAAGAAGAAUUGAAAAUGAUUCAGGAAGAAAGAGAAGAAAGGCAUAAGUAUAAAGGUGUUGUUAAAAGUGUUGUUAUGUCACAGUCAGCUGAAGAUCCUAUGAUGGCUGCAUUAAAAUCUGUUGAGGGCACUAGUCCUAAUUUUCAUGAUUCACGAAAAGCUCUACGAAAUUAUGUCGAUGAUCCUCGCCUUUUAUCUAUGAUUUUUGAGGAUGGUUCUUUUGACAAUGGCGACCCAAAUACAACAAAUUUAUACUUGGGCAAUUUAAAUCCUAAAAUAACAGAGCAACAAUUGAUGGAAAUCUUUGGUAAAUUUGGUCCAUUAGCAAGUAUUAAAAUAAUGUGGCCAAGAAGUGAUGAGGAAAAAGCUCGUCAACGAAAUUGUGGAUUUGUUGCAUUUAUGAGUCGUAAAGACGGUGAACGAGCAUUGAAAAAUUUGAAUGGACGUGAUAUAAUGCAGUACGAAAUGAAGUUGGGUUGGGGCAAAAGUGUACCAAUACCACCAUAUCCAAUAUACAUUCCACCAGCACUGAUGGAGAUAACGCAGCCACCACCACCUUCUGGUUUGCCGUUCAACGCACAACCUCAUCGUCGUGACAGACACAAGAUACCACGUAUCCGCAACCUCCAGAGCGCGGACCCCCAGGAAAAGGAAAACUUCGAAAAGAUUUUGCAGAAUGCCGUUGUCAAAGUGGUUAUUCCAACGGAAAGGAACUUAGUCAUGUUGAUACAUAGAAUGGUGGAAUUUGUAAUCCGUGAAGGCCCUAUGUUCGAGGCAAUGAUUAUGAAUCGUGAAUUGAAUAAUCCAAUGUUUAGAUUUCUAUUUGAAAAUUAUUCACCUGCACAUACGUAUUAUCGUUGGAAAUUAUAUUCAAUAUUACAAGGAGACGGACAAAAAGAAUGGCAUACAGAAGAUUUUAGGAUGUUUAAAGGAGGUAGUGUUUGGAGACCACCGCCUAUGAAUCCUUGGACUCAAGGGAUGCCUGAAGAAUUAGUUGAAAUUGAAGAAAGACAAGAACCAAGAAGAGGGAGUCUAUCUAAUAGUCAACGUGAUAGAUUAGAAGAUUUACUGAGAAACAUUUCACCAGAACGUUUAAAAGUCGCAGAAGUAAUGGUAUUUUGCAUUGAACACGCAGAAGCUGCUGAAGAAAUAUGUGACUGUAUUUAUGAAUCAUUGUCAAUAUUACAAACACCAGCUAAUAAAAAAAUAGCUAGAUUAUAUCUUAUUUCUGAUAUACUUCAUAAUUGCGGUGUUAAAAUAACAAACGCUACAAUCUAUAGAAAAGCAUUCGAGGCACGGUUAUUAGAAAUAUUUACUGAAGUUCAUCAAGCCUACACGCACUUCGAAAGUAGAUUAAAAGCAGAAGGUUUUAAAAUUCGUGUAAUGCGAGUAUUUAAAGCAUGGGAAGACUGGGCAGUUUAUCCACGAGAGUUUUUACUUAAAUUACAAAAUACAUUUCUUGGCCUCGCGAUUAAUACUGAGCCAGAACCAAUCAACGAUGAUGAUAUUGAUGGCGCUCCGUUGUCUGAUGUCGACGGAGAUGUUGGUGAGGAUUUAGAUGGCGUACCUCUAGACGGCGCAGCACUUUUAAAAGGCGCUAUGAAGCUUGGACUUACUCCUCAGCUCAGUAGUAAUUACGAUGACAUCGACGGUGUUCCAAUGGAUGAUGAUAUUGACGGCAUUCCGAUGGAAGACAGUCGUACACAGACUAAAAAUAAAAUGAAUGAUAAAAAACCCAUAAUGCCCGCGGGUUUUGUACCAUCCCGAUGGGAAACUGUUGAUCCCGAUCAAGUUGAAGCACAAGCUAUGACUACCAGUAAAUGGGAAGAGUUGGAACAAAAUGAUGACUCAAAUUCACAAGACGCUAGUAUGGAUUCUAGCAGUCGAGAUUAUAACGAAGAGAGACGCACAAGAUUACGAGAAAUAGAAGUUAAAAUAAUGCAGUAUCAAGAUGAAUUGGAGAGUGGAAGGAGAUCGUUGAAAUCAGGGAUGACUAUUCAAUCGCAGGUCGAACAUUACAGAAAAAAACUUAUAAGAAAGAGUGAGAAAGAAUCAAAAGAAUCAAAAAAUGAAGAAAGAGACGACGAUAGACGAAGAGAACGAAGACGUAGUACGUCAACGGAUUCACCUGUUCACUAUAGAGAUAGACGAAGAGUUUCACCGAGCCCUCCACCAAAAAGUAGUAGUCGAUACAGGUCGCGUAGUAGAUCGCCAAGAAGUAAACGAAGAUCACGAUCGCCUUAUAAAAAACGUGCUCUCAUAACUCCAUCACCCCCGCGAAUACGUACAACCCCAUCCCCGGUAUUUUCGAGCGCCCGAUCUUCACGAAGAUCAUCACCACAAAGUGAAAGAAGCGAACGUAAAAAACGCGUACGUUCGCCUUCAAUGUCACCACCACCCCCACCGAGAAGUUCUGCUAAACAUCGACUUAGCAGCCCGCCCUCGCCGUCACCCAGAAAACACAGACAUAAACAUAAAUAUUAAAUAAAAUCUUAGUUAUUUUUUUUUUUUUUGUUUUUGUUUUCUACAUCUAUCUUAUUUUUUCUUAUUAAUUAUUGACACUUGAAAUAAUUUUAUUUUGUAAUGCCAAUCAAGACAACUUAAUUCUGUUAUUAUUAUCCUAUAAUAUGUAAAAUUAAUUUGAGAUUCUACUUAAAAAAAUCAAUAAUUGUAAAGAAUCAUUAGUUAACAGUGUCAGUAAAGUCAAUUAUGUUUAAUUUAUAUUUAAUAUUGUAUAUGCUCUUCCAAUACAAAGAGCAAAAAUUAAUAAAAGGCUAAUACUAGUAUGUAAAUAUUUAAAGCAAAAAAAAUUUGUUUAUUAUCAAUUGAAUCAAAUAAUUUGAUGAUCACAAUUAAAUUGAUGCGUUAUAAAUAAUCUUUUUUUUUAUUGUAUCAAAUAAAACAUGUAAGUUUUAAUCAUUCAUCAUUGUAUAAAUAAUAAAUUUAAAUAAAUGACCUCAUUAAUUACA